GAAUAUAAGCUACUGGUAUCUUAUUUAAAGAAUUCAUUUUAAUUUAUUAUCGUGUUUUAACUUGGCACGACCCGCUGACAGCAGCUAAAGUAACGUUAUCUCAGUAUUUCAGUAUUUACACUUUAAUACAACUUCAGACGUUACUCAGACCGGAAGUCAGGUUCAGCCGACGUUUAGAGAGAGGAGCGUAUUCUGCUGCCCAUCACGUCCACUUUAAAACUUUAUAAACACGAAGGACAGGAUUUACUGUUUUUGUUUUGUGUUUUGGGCUAUGGUCGAGUUUACCGCCUUCCCGGUGAUGACGCUCCGGUCGACCGAUAUCUGCUUCUUCACGGCCGAUAUCUGACCGAGCUGUCCGGGAGAGAGAGCGCAGGUAUCGGGCGCCGAUUUAUCAACAGAAACUGACGGAUAACAUCUGAAAAACAGGCUAAAUAACUGAGAUAAUCCAUCAAAGAGUUACACACCAUGUCCAGCCCACAGAGAAACGGCCGCUUCAACAUCCCUGACUAUGACGGCUUAGAGGAUGAAGCUUUCCCUCCUCUUCCUCCUCCACACUCUCCGGGACAGGGGGGGCGAGAGGAUGGAGACCCUUUUGGAAAUGAGGACGAGAACGGGGACGUGUCAAAACUCGCUGAUGUUCCUGCUGCUAAAAGAAAAGGAGUGAGGAGGCCACAACCCAAACUGGACUCCCAGAGGCUGAUCUCAGACAGAGGACUUCCUGCUCUGCGAACGUUGUUUGAAGAUGUUCAGUUUAAAGGCAAAGGACGCGAGGCCGAGGACCUGCGGCUGCUGAUGCACAAGAUGGAGAACUGGGCUCACAGGCUGUACCCCAAACUGCAGUUUGAUGAUUUUAUCGACAGAGUGGAGAAGCUCGGCAACAAGAAGGAGGUGCAGACCUGUCUCAAACGGAUACGACUGGACAUGCCGCUGACACACCAAGACUUCAUAGGUGAAGACGAGCCGGCUCCUGAACAGCAUGUCUUUGCGGAUCCAGAUCCGUUUGACAGUGCAGUUUUCCCUGAUGACCUGCAGAGGGCACUCCACUCUACUCCUGCUCCAGCUCCCCCACCAUCCUCCUCCUUUCCCUCCCCAGCUGCCCCCUCCCUCACCGAGGAGCAGCGCAGACGCAUAGAGCUGAACAGACAGCGAGCCCUGGAGAGGAAGCUCGCGCGGCAGCAAACAGACUCUCAGACUGCUGACUCUUCAGCACGGUCAGAUGAACCCACACCUGUCUCCUCUGUAAACGACCUCCACGCGUGUAAAGCUGAGGCGGAGGAGGAAGAGAAGGAAGAGGCGGAGGAGGAUUUACACCCGGAGCCAGACAGCAGCAGCACACAACAACCGAAGGAGUCGGCGCACAGAGACUCUGAGGCGUGUGCAGAAUCGGCUCAGUGCGAGGGAGAAGAAAGCAGCCUGAGCGCUGAGCCUGAACACGACAUCGAGCAGGAGGACGGAGAUUCAAAGAGCUGAAGUCAUCGUCUAUGUUCUCUAUAAAACAAACUUUGUUCAAACUUCAUUUCUUUGUUUCUUUUGAUCUUGAAAACUUUACGUCUUGUUCUCGUUAAAGCCGUCAGCUGAUCAGUGCUGAAACCUGAAUUGUGUUCCUCUGCUGUGAGUCCAUCCUUAAAUCACAUCGUGUGUUUUUCUGGUUUUUAUAAAAUGCCAAAUAAGGGACAAUAAAGAUUUUGUUUUCCAACAACA